AUGAGUGAUUUAAAUUUACAGGCUCUGGCUGGACAUGGAAAUGUGGAGACAAAGGCGCCGACCGCAAUGCAGGAGGUAAACCUCGCACUCAAAGCGUGUGGUUUUGGUUUAUUUCACAUCCAACUCAUGUUUACAUCCUUUGUCGGCUUUGUGGCCGGUAUCAUGGUGACAAAUAGCACGCCUUAUAUAUUGCCAAUUGCUGAAUGUGACCUCGAUAUGAAUCUCUUGCAGAAAGGAGUGCUGAAUGCGAUGCCUUUUGUCGGAAUGGUUUCAGUAUGUGUAGUUGCUGGUUUUUUAACUGACACCUUUGGUCGAAAAAUAUUUUUAGUUGGGGGAUACGGGGGACUAUUUGUAUUUACUUUUAUAGGGGGUAUAAGUCAAACGUAUCUUGUAUUAGUAACAGCAAAGUUGUUUGAAGGCAUGUUAUUUGCAGCAUCUUUCAAUGCAGUGGUCACCUUAACAUCGGAAUUCUGUCACAAUGGCAUAAGAGAUCGUAUGAUGUUAUUACAGUCAUCUUUCGCAGGGUUUGGUCAAGUGAUUGCAGCUUUAAUGUCGUGGGCAAUUUUAACACAGAAAUGGAAAGAUUCAUAUUUCAACGGGGCUAUUGUACUUAACACUUGGAAUUUUUAUUUAAUAAUAAUGUCAAUGUGGUCGCUGCUAGCCAGUUGUCUAUACAUGUUGCUGCCUGAAAGUCCUAAGUACUUCAUAACUCAAAAAAGAUACGACGAAGCGAGAAAAAUCCUCAUUAACAUUUACACGCGGAAUACAGGGAAAACUGCAGAUAGCUUUCCGUAUCCAAAUCUAUGGAAGGAUAAGAUGAAGCAAAUAGAUGAGAGUCCCGAAUUGUGUAAUCAACAUUUUGGUAACAUGCUCUCCGUUGGUCUACAUAAUAUCAAGCCAAUGUUUCGAAGACCGCUGGGCAUAUAUCUUAUACUUUUUUGUUUUAUGAUGUUCUUCUCUAUGAUCUUAUAUAACGUUAUACGCUUGUGGUUUCCACAACUAUCGACAAUAGCUGAGUACUACAGCACUCCAGAAAACCAAAACUUAUGUGUAAUGCUCGAUGCUUAUACGAGUGAUUUGAGAUCGAGGAAAUUUAAUGUUACAAAUAGUAGUGAUGUCUGUAUUCCUGCUGUAAGUGGAACUGAAACGUAUUUGAAUAGCGUAAUUCUGGGAUCCAUUUGUGUAGUACCAUUCAUCAUUAGCGGUAUUCUAGUGAGCAGAGUGGGCAAAAAGUACCUAUACAUAGUUUGCGGCUUGAUUACCGUGGGGGCAACGUUAGGCCUCCGGUGGGCGAGCUCUAAGAUCGAAAUGGUUGCUUUAUUCUCCACUGAUGUUGCUAUUGCGCAAACAAUGAAUUCCUUAAAUCAAGCACUUGUAAUAGAGCACUUUCCAACUACAACGAGGUCUCUAGCCAUAGCCGUUCUGAUGACUUGCGGACGUACUGGAAGUUUGGUUGGUAAUAUUUUAUUUCCUAUUCUCCUCGACAAAGGCUGUGUCGUUCCCUUCUAUACAUUGGCUGGAAGUAUGAUAUGCAUAGUAUCUAAACAAAUGGACCGACCAGCCAAGUCACUAACUGAUACUAAAAGCAUCCUGUUUGCAGUAAGCCUUAAUGAUAAGGAAAAGCUUUUAUGUUAA